GCCCUCGAAAACUUCCAAUUAUUGGAAACCUUCACCAAAUCGGUGCAGUUUCCCACCAGUCGUUUGAAGAAAUGUCAAAGAAACAUGGCCCUGUAAUGCUCGUUCAUCUUGGAUUUGUCCCAACACUCAUUGUAUCCUCUGCAGAUGCUGCAAAAGAACUCUUAAAAGCCCACGAUCUCGAUUGCUGCAGCCGACCUUCCUUGACGGGUGCCAGAAAGCUUUCCUAUAACUACCUCGACGUCGCCUUUACUGCUUAUGGCGAUUACUGGAGGGAAAUGAGACGUCUGUACGUUAUCGAACUCCUCAGCAUUAAAAGGGUCCAAUCGUUCCGCUUCAUCAGAGAAGAAGAGGUGGAAUUCCUAAUAAAAUCAAUUUCGGAAUUCUCCAAAUUGGGGGCACCAGUCAACCUCAGUGAGAAGCUGAUUUCUCUUACCGCCGAUGUCAUAUGUCCUGUCGGGUUGCUUUUGGAAAGAGCUUUAGAGAAAGGGGAUAUGAAUAUUUCGGUGCGGAUUUCGAAGAGUAGAUUCACGAAGCUGUUGUCAUGUUGGGAAGCUUUGCAGCAGCAGAUUUCUUCCCUUCGGUUGGAUUGUGGACAGAAUCACCGGUCUCCAUAGAAGACUGGAACAGAAUGUCAAAAAACUGGAUGCUUUUUAUUAACUCUUGAGUUUUAUAAUAAUUUUUAAUUAAAAGUUGCAUGUACAUUGCACAAGAUCAUUUGAAUGUUUCUUAAUAUUAUAUUAAAAAAUUGAUAUACCUUUU